AUGAUUAGCAAAGGUUUCAGCAGAAGAAGUAAUGAGCCCACUCUAUACACAAAUAUUAACAAAGAAGGUCAGAUUUUGAUUGUGUGCUUAUAUGUAGAUGAUUUGAUUUUCACUGGAAAUUUGUCUGUAGACACUUUUAAAUCAGCAAUGAUGAAGGAAUUUGAAAUGGCAGAUUUGGGGUUGAUGAGAUAUUUCCAAGGUAUUGAAGUUGUUCAAUCUAAUAAAGGACUUUGUAUUUGUCAAUCUAAGUAUGCCAAGGAUGUAUUGAGGAAGUUUAAUAUGUUGAAUUCUAAAUUAGCACCAACCCGAGUUGCAACAGGAACAAAAUUAAGCAGAGAGGACAAGGGGUCAAAUGUUAAUCCAACUUUGUUUCUCACAGCUACAAGGUCAGAUAUCAUGUAUGGUGUUAGUUUAAUCUCAAGAUUCAUGGAGUCACCAAAAGACUCACAUUGGGAAGUUGGAAAGAGGAUAUUGAGAUAUGUUGCAGGAAACAAGGGAUAUGGAAUUUUCUAA